AAGAAGAUGGAGUGAUAGUCAAAAAGGUACUACUAAACAUUGUAUUGGAAAUAUGAUUGUCUUUUAAGUAUUUAAUGUGGAGCUUAAGUUUUUUUCUGUUGCUUUAAGGUUUUAGGAAACAUUACAAAACAUGGUUACAAGAUCCAAUGCAUCAAGUAAGUACAAACCUUGCAUAUGAUAAAAGCUUAAAUGCAAAUUAUGUCUCAUACUAUUGUAAUGUGCUUCCUUUGUACACUAACACAUGUCAUAAUUAUAAGUAUCACCAUAAAUUAUCUUUCAAUUUAAGCACCAAAAUAAGCUAUCUAUAUAUGUUAGCUUGGGCUAUCUAUUGACUACAUGUUUCUGAUUGCCAGGAUGCCACAUCUAAUUGUGAAGAUGAAAGCAGUUCCCACUGUAACAAGCCACCACAUCAUUCCACAGAUGACACAUCUGAAAGUGAAGAAGAGAACAGUUCCCAAUGUAACAAGCCACCACAUCAUUCCACAGAUGACACAUCUGAAAGUGAAGAAGAGGAGUGGGACGAACUCAACACAACACUACAUCAUAACAUGCAAGGAGAAUCUGACAAUGAGAAUGAACAAAACUGGCAUAUGACACCCCCUAAGGACCCCACAAUGGAUGUUGAAGGACAUGGCAACAUGGACAAUAAUGCUGAUGAGAACCCAAGAGCUGUGAAAGACAAAAUAUAUCCCACCGCUAGGAUUACUAAAGAAGAAUCCCAGUUGUCAAUUUUAUCCUAUGCUCUUAGGCAUACCACAACAAAAUCUGCUCUUGGUGAUUUAUUAGAUCUAAUUAAUUUACAUUGUCCAGAAGGAACCAAUGGAGCACCAAAUAGUCUAUACAUGUUCAUGAAAGAAUUUGAUUGUAACUCAUUUGAAAUUGUGUACAUCUGCCCCACAUGUCAUCAUUACUUUGGUAAUGAAAUCCCAGCAAAUUGUGCUUCAUGUGGUUCUGAACCUGGGGAUAAGAACUCUCUUAUUGAAUCUGGUGACAUGUUCAUGAAAUUAUCAAUCAGAAAGCAACUUGAAGAAAAAAUAUUAGAUUCUGAAUUUAAAACAGCCCUGGAUUACAAAUGGACCAGAGUAAAAAGCAGUCCAGACAGUGUCCAAGAUAUAUUUGAUGGUGCAAUGUAUAAAUCGGUAGAUCUUCUGAAUGAUCCGGGUCAAUUUAACCUUUCACUCACAUGGAAUGUUGAUGGUGUCCCUAUUUUUAAAUCAUCGCCUUUUCACAUUUGGCCAAUUCAAGUUGUAAUUAAUGAACUUCCUCCUGAUAUGAGAAAUAAGCAUGUGCUCCUGGCAGGUUUGUGGUUUGGUGCUUCUAAGCCUGAAAUGAAUUCUUUUCUUCAGGCCUUUGUUGAUGAGUGCAUUCAGUUAGAGCAAGAAGGUCUGUUAGUACAGCACAGAGGACAAAGUACACAAAUGCGUGUGUUCAAUCUUGUCUGUGUGUGUGAUUCUGUUGCUCGCUGCUCUGUGCAAAACACGAAGCAAUUUAAUGGGGAAUAUGGAUGCAACUGGUGUUAUAAGAAGGGAGAAAUAGUUGCCAAAGGAAAUGGUUUUACUAGGGUGUAUGCUUCACAACAAAGAGAUGCAAGACCACGUACCCACAGUCAGCAUUUUGAUGAUGUUAAAAGAGCAGUUGAAACUGGCACAUGUGUUAAUGGGGUCAAAGGGCCAUCCCCUUUAAUGUUCUUAAUGUAUUUUAACAUGAUUCUGGGAUUUUCUUUUGAUUACAUGCAUGGGAUUUUACUCGGUGUUAGUAGGCAAUUCACGACUCUAUGGUUUGAUUCAAUGUACCAUGGAGAGAGAUGGUAUUUGGGAAGAUUAGUUACGACCAUUGACCAACGCCUUUUUAAAAUCAAACCCCCAGUUAAUAUUACAAGACCUCCACGCUCUGUUAGGUUGCGCAAAUUCUGGAAGGCUUCAGAAUAUAGGAAUUUCCUUUUAUUUUAUAGUAUUCCAUGCCUGAUUGGCAUCUUACCAUCUGAAUAUCUGGAGCACCUACUACUUCUUGUCCAAGCAACUUACUGUCUAUUAAAAGAUGACAUGUCCUCUCAUGACAUUGAUGUAGCUGAACACCUAUUAAAAACGUUUGUGAGCCGCUUUGAAAGAUUGUAUGGCAAAUGUCAUGUCAGUUUUAAUGUGCACAUUUUGGAGCAUGCUGCACAGUCGGUACGAAACUGGGGUCCACUAUGGUGCCAAAGUGCAUUUAUUUUUGAAAGUCACAAUGGUACCUUGCAAAAGCUCUUUCAUGGCACCCAGGCUGUUCCAGAACAAAUAGUUAAUAGCUUUUCCCUUUUUCAAAGUGUUCCAAGACUUUUUUCUACUGUUUACAAUGGCAGUGUUAAAAAAACAAGCACAGACUUUGUUGAGCGUAUGCUACGUGGGUACAAACUUGCCACAAACUGUGUUAAAAAAACAAACACAAUAUUUCAGGGCUCACCUAUACUAAGAGCACCAACACCAAGGGAGGCGUUUCUGUUACGAGAGCAAAACAUUCAUGUUGACCAAUGUGCAUUUUUUUUAAGAGCUUUAAUUAAUGGAAACAGGGUUCAUUCAAAAGCAAGCACAACACUGUCAAGAAGAGUUAACCACGCAGUUGUAACAGAACAAGGCACAAUGGCACUGGUCAGAUCAUUUGUUGAUGUGGGUCUUGACACAGGCUAUGCCUUUAUUGAUCCAAUUAGUACAACCAGGUUUAACAUGGUUAAAGACAGACAAACAGGAACUAUUUUGUCAGGGAUAGUUACGGAAAAUUAUAUCUCAAGUGAUGUCAAAUUAAUCAAGUGCAAUGAGAUUAGAACAACUUGUGUUUACUUAAAAAAUGUGGGAUGUGUACAUAAUUUACUUUGCAUUCAACCCAACAAAUGGGAAGUUGACUGAUUUGUAGUCCAGAAUUACCCUAUCCUAAAGUCAUUUUUGUCACAUAUUUACAAUUUCAAACAAAUAGCUUGAGCAUUCUUGAACUUUUGCAGUUAAUACAUAUGUACAUAGGAUACAUAUUGUUAAUAUAUGUAUGUGUAUGCAUCUGUGUGUUUGUUUGUUUGUUUGUGUGUGUGUAUAUAUAUACAUAUGAUAUGAAAUAAGGAUGUAUUACUGAUUUUCUCAAGGUCUAAGGCAGUCUGUGGACUGGACCUUGCUGAAUUAUAAUUCUUAUUCAUUUUGUUUUUAUUUGUUUGUCUAUUCCCUUUUGUUUUAUUUGGAAAAUGUAUUUGGCCAGUUUAAUUAAUAAGCUCUGAUUUUAAUAAGUUUUUUUAUGUUAAAUCACACUGCUAAAUAAAAUUACUUUGUGGACUGUUUACAUCUAUGUAUAUUUUUUUCAUAUCCCAUGCAAAGUUAUAGCAAUAUAACAUGUACAUUUGUCCUGCAGGUUUGUCUUACAUGACUUUUAAAUUAUUAGUAAUGAAGUCUAUCACUUGAUAAACUCUUUUGAGUCCAUCAGAAAUGUAACAUAUAGCAACACCUUACAUAAAAUCUUUAUUUUAAAUCCGGCAGGAAUCAUUUCUGUAGUGUUG